GGACUGAUGACCACCCCAAUUCUGCAGGCCACUGAGGCCCUGUCCCCAGAAGCUGAAGCCAGCACAGCACUCAUUGCAGUUGUUAUCACCGUGGUCUUCCUCACCCUGCUCUCAGUCGUGAUCUUGAUCUUCUUUUACCUGUACAAGAACAAAGGCAGCUACGUCACCUACGAACCUGCAGAAGGCGAGCCCAGUGCCAUUCUCCAGAUGGAGAGUGACUCAGCCAAGGACAAGGACAGAGAGAAGGAGGAAUAUUUCAUCUAAUCAUUCCCAGCCUCAAGGAGCUUAUUUCUGGUUCCAGUGCUAACACAUUGAUUGUCUAAUUUAUUAAGUGAAAGUUUUAUCUGAAGCCAGUGAGAAACACUGAUUGAAGGGGACAAAUCCAAGCUACUUUCAGGAUACAGGCUCAAAUGCCAACAUCACUUGACUCCAGGGACCAGUGAUACGGAGAAAGUUGCUUAUGUCUUUAACCAGGCCUUCAUAAUAGAGUUGGUGUUUGUGACUGACCUACAAGGUGGGGCUAUACCAGGGAACAUUUGAGUAUAUGCCCCGUCUUCACUUUUUUCACAGGUUGAAAGGAGGGAAAAGAGAGUUAAGGUCGUUGGCUGCUCAACUCUUUCCCCUACCCGGUCACCUAGUGAUAGCCCCAGUGGAGACUAUUGUCCAUAGAAGUUCUUCCCAGAGGCUAGAUAUAAGAAAAAAAGGCCAGGCCAGAGGGGUAAGAGACUGUGAAGAUCUCACUUCCUGAUAAACAUGCUACAUCCCUCAAUCUGAGCCCUUCAUUUCCAUAUUCCCCAACAACCUCAUACUUUUGCUAUUUUUAUCUGAAUUAAAAGUUUUCAUUGAUACA